CCCUCCUGGUAUAAAUAAAUAAGAGUCUGGAGCUGGGAACCCACGGCUUGGACUCAGAGUUGAAGGUUGAACUCCACCUCCAGGCAGAAUGAGGCUCAGCAUAGCAGCCCUGCUUCUCCUGCUUGCCAGCUGCCUCUCUCCAGGCUACGGUAUCCUGGAGGCCAAUUACACAAACUUAAAGUGUAGAUGUGCCGGAAUAGUCUCAGGCGUUAUCCAUCCAAGCUUCAUAGAACGGAUUCAAAUCAGACCUCGUGGGAAUGGCUGCCCAAAGGAUGAAGUCCUGAUCUGGACUAAGUCUAAGACAAUCGUAUGUGUGAAUCCUCAAGCCAAAUGGCUCCAAAUAGUGUUGAAACUUAUACGGAGCAAAUCUAUGGCUUCAAAGGCCCCAGUUCCAGUGACUCAGAAAAAGCCUGUCUUUGCCUAAAGGCCCUAUCCUCCAAAGGACACCUGCAGCCUCCUUUAUUCCCUGCUCUGAAUUCUAGCUGUGCUCUUAGUUGAAGAAUUUCCAAGAAAAUAACUUCCUUUUACAAACAAACAUGACUGUCUGUAACAAAAGCCCUGAAGGAGCUGAAAGGGUUAACCCGAGAUCCUUUGCAUACUGAACCUCCAUUCUUGUUGUCUGGGGAUGGGAGUUUAGUUAUAAUCCACUUGGCCUGUGUUUGAUAAUGGACCUGAUGUUUAAUGUUAAACCGUCCUAGAGGAAUGGAAACUCACCUAUAAAACAUGAACCUGUAGCUUGUAUUAACAAGAAAUGAAUGGGUGUAUGUCCAUUGUUUUACAUGCUUAGGAAAAGCAGGUUUCCAGAAGUUUCCUGGGCAGCCCAUGCAGUUUCAACCUAACACGAUGCAUAGUGAAAAGCCUCGUGAAGAAAAUAGAGUACUUCUACUUUUAAAGGUUUCUUGUAUACAAUUUAUUGUCUUAGAUUAAAACCAGUAACAUUGAAAGACCCUAGGCUUAACCAGGCUCUCCAGCAGUAUACAAAUGCAUUCCUUUGCACCGUGGUGGCCCUGAUGAUUUUUUUUUAUAAUCACAUCUUUCACACAGACAAACAUAACAGUCUUUUGUAUCAAAUUCUUUAAUGUUUCCUAUUCAUCUAAUGUCAUU